AUGGCUUUCCGCGAGGAAGAAGAGAGUUUAGUGUAUGAUGUGAGGCUAUCCUCAGUUGGGCCUGGACGUGCCACAAGUUCGGAUGUGUUCCACAACCUUAGUGGAUUGGACUUGGCCAUGAAACUUCACUACCUUAAAGUGGUUUAUUUCUUUGAAAGUGAUGCUGCACAAGGGUUAACCGUAAAGAAGAUAAAAGAAUGCUUGUUCACUUUGUUAAACCACUACUUCAUCCUUUGUGGAAGAUUCCGGCGAUCGGAAUCAGGCCGGCCGUUCAUCAAGUGCAAUGAUUGUGGAUGCAGGUUCAUUGAGGCAAAGUGCAAGAAAACAAUAGAUGAGUGGUUAGACAUGAAGGAAUGGCCUUUCUACAAGUUGCUGGUUUCUCAACAAGUCAUUGGCCCUGAAUUAUCUUUUUCUCCUUCUGUUUUCUUACAGAUAACUAACUUUAAGUGUGGUGGAAUUUCAUUGGGUCUUAGCUGGGCUCAUGUACUCGGUGACCCGUUUUCAGCUUCGGAUUUCUUCAACACUUUUGGCCAAACCAUGAAUAAUUUGCACCUAAACAAGCCUUUCAACAUCCCAAGAUCCGCCCCAACACCCUACCAACCCGGAUCCGAAAAAGAUCCAGUUUCAGCAAAACGGGUCGACCAAGUGGGUGACCAUUGGAUCCCAGCCAAUAACAUCAAAAUGGACACAUACUCCUUCCACUUAACUAGCUCCCAGAUGAACUACUUGCAAGCAAAGAUUUGGGGUCAAAGUGUUGACCAAACCCCUCCAUUUGAAUCCCUAUGCGCCAUGAUUUGGCAAUCUGUGGCCCGGGUUCGGGUAGGAUCCGAACCCAAAACCGUAACUGUUUGCAGACCCGACCCGCAUCAUAAGGGCAAUGAUACUAUGAUUGGAAACAACCAAGUGAUAAGCAAGGUUGAGGCUGGAAGUGAAUGUUCAAUUGUUGACACUGAAUUGAGAGUAUUGGCAAGCAUGCUUGUUGAUCAAGGUGUGGAUGAGAGGAAUCAGAUUCAGGAAGCAAUUGAAAAAUAUCAAGGGGUUACUGAUUUCUUUGUCUAUGGUGCUAAUUUGACAUUUCUUGACUUGGAAGAAAUCAAUGUGUAUGAUUUACAAUUAAAGGGACACAAACCAAAAUUUGUUUACCACACCCUACAAGGGGUUGGAGAUGAAGGUGCUGUUUUGGUGCUACCAUGCCCUAAAGGUUCUAUCAAUAGUGACGCUGAUGGGAAGUUUGUGACUAUAAUUUUAUCCGAGGAUGAAAUUGUGAAGCUUAAAUCUGAGUUCAAGAUGAAUGGUCUUCUGGUUUGA